AUGAACGGGGAUGCGGCCUCACAAACCCCCGCCUUCGCCAACUGUCGGGCCAAGGCAUCAUUCAAGUUCAACGCUGGACAAGGCGCAGUACUUUGUAUGGACGGUGACACGAUAGCGACGAUUGACCCGCCAGGCGCUCUUCGACCGCUUCUUGACGACCCGACCCUGCCAGAGGGUAUAGUCGUUGUCUCGGAAGUGCAUGCUACCUCAUCUUAUGCGCGAUACCUUGGGACAUCAGUGGAGCGGCAGGUCAGCAUCGGCCUUCGCGCGACAGCACCCGCACUGCCCGACGUGGCCGGCGUCGAUGUUGGGGCGGAGUGGCUUAUCAGCUCUACUGCGGGGAACUUUAAGAGCAAGAUCAACCCCGACGGCGCGAGAACUUACUACCCACUCUUCCGUCUUGUCGCCCUCGAUGGCGCCGCUGCGGCGGCCCAUUCUGGCGGAAACCUUCGCCUGACCACGCAGGCUCUGAGGCUUGAGGAUCAGGCUGUCUCUGGCUUGUCCACCAACGGUGAAAGCACACUUUAG